CCAUUUCACGUUUGUAAUGUAAGCUAAAUUCUAACACAUCUUGACAAGGUGAGGCACUGUUAUCUCGCGCUUUCAAUUGCUGGCUUGACCGGUGUUCGUCCGCGCCGUAGCGACGUAGGGUUUUCCCAGUGAGUUGGCGUCCAGAUCCGAGUCUGAGUCUCUUCUCUGAGUCGAUUCCGUACGUAAGGAUUUCACAAUGUUUUGGCGCAUGGCGGGGCUCUCUACGGCGUCUCCCGUGGAGGCAAUUUUAGACAAGGAAACUUUCACAUUAGAAGAGCUUUUAGACGAGGACGAAAUAAUACAAGAAUGUAAAGCUCUUAAUGGGCGCCUUAUUAACUAUUUACGUGAGAGACCUCAAGUGGAACAACUUGUCAGAUAUAUAGUGGAAGAUGCUGCUGAAGAUGCUGAGAAAAAACGAACAUUUAAGUUUCCUUUUAUAGCUUGUGAAAUUUUUACAUGUGAGGUUGAUAUCAUUCUCAAAGCCUUAGUUGAUGAUGAAGAGCUAAUGAACCUACUAUUUUCGUUUUUGGAACCUGGGCGCCCUCACAGUACUCUGUUGGCUGGUUACUUCAGCAAGGUUGUUAUAUGCCUGUUACAGAGGAAGACGGUACCUUUAAUGAAUUACAUACAAUGUCAUCAAGAGGUUAUCAGGAAGUUGGUUGAUCUCAUUGGAAUUACUUCCAUCAUGGAGGUUUUGAUCCGUUUGAUCAGUUCCGAUGAACACAUGUAUAGCAACUUUGUGGACUCUAUGCAGUGGUUAGGAGAUACAGAUGUUCUGGAGAUGAUUGUGGAUAAGUUUAGCUCAUCAGACUGUCCGGAAGUGCAUGCUAAUGCAGCAGAAAUGUUGUGUGCUAUAACUAGAUAUGCCCCUCCUGGGUUAUCUGCCAAGAUCUCCAGUCCUAGUUUCAUUGGAAGAUUAUUUCGCCAUGCUUUGGAGGGAUCACGACCAAAAUCUGUCUUGGUCAAUUCAUUAUCUAUAUGCAUAUCAUUGUUAGACCCUAAAAGGCUAACCUCAGGAACAUAUUAUUUUUUCAAUCGCCAAUCUACUCAAGGAACUGGGCUAGCUGCUAAUCCCAAGACUGUUGAAGGCAUGCUAGAAAGCCUAGGUGAUCUAAUGAAACUUUUAGAUGUAUCAUUAGAGGACAAUGUCUUGCCAACUACAUAUGGAAAGCUACAGCCUCCUCUUGGGAAGCAUCGUCUUAAGAUUGUGGAGUUUAUUUCAGUUCUAGUGAGUGUUAGCAGUGAAGCUGCUGAGAAGGAAUUGAUUGGUCUUGGUGCAGUAAAAAAAAUUUUGGAUUUGUUUUUUCAGUACCCGUACAAUAAUUUUUUGCAUCACAACGUCGAACAAAUUAUAGUAACUUGCCUAGAGAGCAGGAAUCCUCAGUUUGUAGAGCAUGUGCUUCAUGACUGUAACCUUGUUGGGAAAAUUCUUGAGGCAGAGAAGACCCUCACAUUGACUGCUGAUUCGACCAAGCCAACAGUCCCUGUUGAGGGGAAAUCACCACCACGGAUAGGGAAUAUGGGGCAUAUUACACGUUUAGCUAACAAGCUUAUCCAACUGGGAAACCAUAAUGACAACAUACAAUCCUAUCUUCAGGAGAAUAGUGAGUGGGUUGAUUGGCGUACAGACGUCCUACAAAAACGGAAUGCCGUUGAAAAUGUUAUGCAGUGGGCAUGUGGGAGGCCUACAGCUCUCCAAGACCGCAUGAGGGAUAGCGAUGAUGAUGAUUACCAAGAUAGGGACUAUGAUGUUGCUGCUUUAGCAAAUAAUUUGAGUCAAGCAUUUCGAUAUGGGAUCUAUAAUAAUGACGACAUGGAUGAGGCGCAUGGUGCACUUGAACGUGAUGAUGAGGAUGUCUAUUUUGAUGAUGAAUCUGCUGAAGUUGUCAUAUCAUCACUUCGUUUGGGAGAAGAGCAAGAUAGUGGGUCUCUCUUUACAAAUUCAAACUGGUUUGCCUUUGAAGAUGAAAAUAGGAUGGGUAGUGAUCUACCUGGCCCAGUUGCUUCACCGUCACCAAACAGUACCAAUGUGACAGAUAUAAUCAUUAGCCCCACCAGCAUAAAAAAAGAUGAGCCUACUGUCAAUGAGGACGGUGACAAUGAAGACGGUGACAAUGAGUUGGCUGAUACAGCUGCAUCUGCUCCAUCUAGUGAACCAAAAGAACCCACCGCUGAACCUAAUAUGAUCGAGGAUUCGCAAAACCCUGCACCUACCAAGGCUGGAAGAGAAGAAUGGACUAAUUGGAGAGAAAAUUCUGAGACAACAACGCAUAUUCCUUCAGACACACCUGACCCUACUCCCGUUGCGGGUCCCUUGACCCUACCAAAUGGCGCCUUUGAAGCAGGGGUGGUUGAUACUGCAGAGUCUAGUGCGGCAGCUGCUGUUACAACCUCAUCUACAUUGUCAUCAACCAACUCGGAAACCCUAAGCGUAGUAUUAUCUUCAGCCGAACCGGAAGAAGUGGACUCAAGGUACGGGAAUUCUGGUCAUACAGCUCCUGUUUAGAUUCUAGUUUGUACUUACUGUGCCUGCUGGACUGAAGAGAGAUAUCCUCAGAAGUUGGAUACAACUCAUACAAGCUUGAAGAGGGUUUACUGCGUCCUGGAACCACCUUGUGUACAAUGAAUGCUGAUAUGAUUCUUUUCCCGACAUAGAUUACACCCUGGUAUUCUGCCUUUACUUUUUUACGCCUACAAUUGUUAUUAGUGCAAAUUACUUUGUUGACGCCCCCUUUGAUCAAUAUUCAUUUCUCAAACAUCACCUCUGGAUUAGCAAGCAGACUGCUGCUGAACGCUAUACACGCUGAAACAAUAUUAUUGUUGUCUAUAUACAUCACAUAGUUUCCUCCUUUUCUUUGUUUCCCAUGUUUCUAUUCCUCUGAUGUACUGCAGAUUGCUAUCGGUCUGUUAUAAUCGGUUUGUGGUUUCAAUCGGUG